AAAGUUUGACAUAAAAGCCUCGCUCAUCGACGAUGGGUUGUCGAAUCGGAUGCCACCUGUACCCAAAUCUCAAAGAAUAUGUUUGUGGAGAAAAAAACAGUCGAUACGGCGUAUUUAAACUAGGAUAAAACAACACCGCGACACAAUUUGUGUGGAGAAACAAAAUCGAUAAAGCAAUACCACAGCACAAAGGCAUCGCAAUGAUUCAUGCGCGGAUAGGGGUGUUUGCACACAUUGUCUCUGCGAGUGCUACUGUUGGCAGGAGCGGGACAUUCCAAGACACCCCAUAAUCCGACCGCGCUAAAACUGGAUUUCUGGCCCGGAUUGUUUCCCUGUUUUCGAACAUAUCGAGUCGAGUCUUGCGCUGUCUUUCAUUCUUGUCGCAUGAACACUGCUCCGGAAUAAGUUGUGGGAAGUAGGGGAAGGAUGGCCACAAAAUCUCGGAAAUCGAUUACUAUAGCCCUGGCGUUGACGCUGGCGAGUGUUGUCGUGUACGUUUGUUGCUAUGGAGCAGACAUGUCUCCUACGAAAUACCCGAUCUCCAACAUCGAGACCCCGAAACGUCACAAUGAAAAAGCGUUCCAUAUCGUUAUCAUCGGCUCGGGGCCCACCGCACUAGGAGCCGCCCAACGACUCCAUGAACUUCGCCAACAGUACUCAAACACCAAGGUAACUAUAUUAGAGCAACAAGACAAACCAGGUGGUCUUGCCUCAUCAGAACGAGACGAGAAGGGUUUUCUUUGGGACAUGGGAGGCCAUGUCGUAUUCUCUCAUUACGAUUACUUCGACAAAACGCUGGACCGCGCAGUAGCUGAAUGGAAUCAGCGGGUCCGGGCCGCAUAUGCCUUCAUGAUGGGAUCAGACGGUGAAAGGAGAUUCAUUUCUUACCCAGUGCAAAACAAUAUAGAGGUGAUGGACAAGGUAGACCAGCAAAAAUGCCUUGCGGGCCUCGAGGAGAUCACCAGCAACCCCAGCAAGGAAAAACCCGCGAAUUUUGACCAGUGGCUACUGCACAAUUUUGGAAUUGGUCUGUGUGAAGUAUUUAUGCGUAAGUACAACAAGAAGGUGUGGACCGUUGAGACUAACCAGAUGAACGCCGUAUGGGUUGGGGAACGCGUUGCCGUUCCAGAUGUCAACAAGCUGAAAGCAAAGAUCCAAGCGUAUGAUAACGGGAGAAGGGUGGAGGACUCGGGAUGGGGACCAAAUCGGUUCUUCCGAUUCCCCAAAUAUAAUGGUACCGGGGCUAUAUGGCAAGGUGUAGCCAACCUUCUCCCUCAGGAGUGGUUUCAGUUCCGCACAAGGGUGACAGGAGUAGAUCUAGAUUCGCAGCAAUUGUUCCUGGUGAAAGGAGGAGAUGAAUAUACGACACAUGCACUGUCUUACGACAAACUGAUAUCUACCGAACCCUUGGAUAUAUUUGUGAACAUGCUGGUUUGUAAGGAUGAUUAUUUGAGUCAAAUGAAAGAACUAGUCUCCGGACUGGUAUACUCGCAUACUCACGUCAUAGGUAUCGGGCUUUUGGGUCAACCACCUAAGACACUGUCGGACAAGUCCUGGAUGUAUUUCCCCGACUCCGAUUCACCGUUCUACCGUGUCACAGUCUUCUCCAACUAUUCGGAUGAUCACGUGCCCAAGGCAGGUGCUUAUUGGUCACUUAUGUGCGAGGCGGCAGAGCCCAAGGAAGCGACGAAUCCGAAAGACUGGACAGAGAAGAACGUUGUUGCAGCCACGGUGAAAGCGUUGAUAACGUAUGGAUUCAUCACUGAUGAGAUGGUAGUCUCAAAAUACUACCGACGUCUAGAUCACGGCUAUCCAGUCCCUCACCUGAAACGAGAAUCUAUUCUGAACAUUGUUCAGCCGUGGCUGUCGGCGCAUAGCAUCUACUCCCGUGGUCGAUUUGGUGGUUGGCGGUAUGAGGUCGCAAACCAGGACCAUUCCUUCAUGCAAGGCGUAGAAAUUGUGGACCAAAUACUGAGGGGAAUACCGGAAGAAACCUAUCCACAUCCGAAUUUCGUGAAUUCGCGCAAAAACACCGGCCGUUUCCUGAACCAGCCCUUGGAAUACGAGUUUGUCAUUGCGCAUUAUAACGAGGAACUGGACUGGUUGAAGCCGAUUGCAAACCGCAGUCACGUUUACCACAAAGGACCAGACAUGCAGCCGCCUUUUGCAGUUAGCAAAUGGGAGACACUGCCCAACUUGGGUCGGGAAUCGCAUACCUAUCUGCAUCACAUCAUAGAGAAUUAUGACAACCUCAAGAAUAUUACCGUAUUUCUCCAGGGGCACGGGCCGCAAAGUGAUGGAGGCUUUUGCUUUCCACAGCCCAUGGAUUUCGUCACUAACGCCUUAAAAAAACGAUUCUGCAGAGCCAGAGGUGCAACAGAGGAUUGGAACGGUCUGCACUACACAGGCAAUAUGCCGCAGGAUAUAAAAUCAGGGGUGCUACGAAAGUCCAACACAACCCUGAGCGACGUGUAUGCUGCCCUAUUUAACGCCUCACAUCCCCCCUCCUUACCAAGAUGUUUGAAGGGUUGUUUUUCGGGAACUAGGGACAAUAUCUGGAAGCACCCAAAAAGUUUUUACCAGAAAGCAAUGAGAUAUGUUGACUUUCAUCCAAACCCUGAGGAAGGCCAUUUCAUGGAGAGACUAUGGUGUGUCAUAGUUAACGAAUAGCAUGUACACGCACGAAUAUUGUCUGGCUGCAUUUUUUUUUAUAAGAGCAAAGCUCUUGAGUCCUAACGCAAUCAUCGUCACGGAGUAAUAUAGCUGGCGCAAACAAAGGGGCCAUUCAAAAUGUUCAAUGUUUUUAAAUUUGGAAUUUUUUCCAAAUUGUUUUGACCCACCCACCCACCCCUAUUUUCGAUUUUAAAAAACCCUGAUUUGUUAUGCAGUAUUAAAAAUCCAAAUACAAUGUCAUGUACAUGUAUAGUGGUGUUCUCUAACGUGGCGCACUUCGACAUUUACGCCGACUUUCCACAUCAGUGUUGCCAAACUUCUUUGUUGACAAACUUCAAAUUCAUUCAGUGAAAUAAUGGUCUUUUUACCUUAUUAAUGCUUGCUAUUAACCUCUGUGAACGAUUUCGGUUUCAUGGAAUAAAGUCCGAAGUUAAACAAUUUUGGCGUCCAGAAAUUAGGCAAAAAUAGGCUGAGUGUUCCCAAACGUGGCGCACUUGAAUAAAUGACGGGAAAUUCCAAAUUAACAUUUAAGAAUUUCUGUAAAGUUGAUAAAUUCUGAUAAACAAUUAUUAUCUCUA